UCCGAACAACGUCUCACGUCGUUCCUCUACAUCCUCGAGCCCUUUUCUCCUUCUCAGCUUUGAAUUCUCUCAUUCUCAUAUUACUCACAACGAUCAACCCUAGAAACCACAACCUCAAGAUGGCGUCCGGACCCCCACCAAACUACUAUGCCAUUCUCGAAAUCCAGGAGACAGCGACAACUCAGCAGGUCCGAGAUGCCUAUAAGCGCGCCGCCCUGAAGACUCACCCCGACCGCGUGGCCGCCGACUCCCCUGAGCGCCCUGAGCGCACGCGCAAGUUCCAGCUCGUCAACGACGCCUACUUCACCCUGUCCGAUACCUCGCGACGCAGGGAAUACGACAGUCAGCGCAAGUUCUACGGCAGCUCCUCGACCUCGCAGGCCGGCGCGGGCGGUGACCCCUUCGCGGAGGCCGGGGCUGGUGCUGAUGGUGCCGGGGCGAACCAGUCCGCGUUCAGCUGGGCGUGGAACUUCUUCCAGCAGCAGCAGCAGCAGCAGGGGAAGGCGGGUAGCCAGCAGCAGCAGCAACAGACAAGACAGGAUGCCGAGGAGCAGCAGUUCGGCGAUGUGUUCGAGGAGAUGCUCAGGGAGCAAGGGAUGGCGGACUCCAACGGAGCGGCGAACGGCCGGUUCUGGGGGAUGCUCGGCGGCGCGAGUGGAGGCGCGCUGGGAUUCAUCAUUGCCAACGUCCCUGGUCUAUUGGCGGGUGCCGUGGCUGGCAACAGGCUCGGUGCGAUCCGUGAUGCCAAGGGACAGAGUGUCUAUGCCGUUUUCCAGGAGCUACCACAGGGCGACAGGGCGAGACUUCUCAGCCAGCUGGCUGCUAAAGUUUUCAGUCAUGCCGUUGGUGUUUAAAUUCUCCAACGUAUGAAUAUUACCAGGAAACGACGAGAUUUUUGUUUAGCAUGGCGUUGAGGGACGAAGUGUGCGUGUGGGAAGGGAGCAGAAUCGGCUAGUUUUAAUACUAUUCAGUCUUCAACUAUCCUGAAUAUAUAUAUUGUAUUAAC